UUUUUUUUUUUUUUUUUUGCCUUUGGGGCUUCAGACUCAGGGAACUCGCUCAUGGCUUUCUUGAUGAAGAAGAAGAAAUUCAAAUUUCAAACCACUUUCACUCUGGAGGAGCUGACUGCGGUCCCAUUCGUGAACGGGGUCCUCUUCUGCAAGGUCCGGCUGCUGGAUGGCGGAGAUUUUGUCAGUUUGUCGUCAAGGGAGGAGGUACAGGAGAACUGCGUGCGCUGGCGGAAGAGGUUCACCUUCGUGUGUAAAAUGAGUGCCAACCCGGCCACUGGCCUGCUGGACCCCUGCAUUUUCCGCGUGUCUGUGCGCAAGGAGCUGAAAGGUGGAAAGGCUUACUCUAAGCUGGGCUUCGCCGACCUGAACCUGGCCGAGUUUGCGGGCUCAGGCUCCACGGUGCGCUGCUGCCUGCUAGAGGGGUAUGACACGAAGAACACCCGCCAGGACAACUCCAUCCUCAAGAUCACCAUUGGAAUGUUCCUGCUCUCUGGAGACCCCUGCUUUAAGACGCCACCGUCCACUGCCAAGUCCAUCUCCAUCCCCGGCCAGGAUGCUUCUUUGCAGCUGACGUGUAAAGGUGGUGGGACCAGCAGUGGUGGCAGCAGCAGCGCCAACUCCCUCACAGGGUCCCGGCCCCACAAGGCCCGGCCCACCAUCCUCGGCUCAGGGCUGCUGGAGGAGCCAGACCAGAACCUGUCCAGCCCCGAGGAAGUGCCACACUCCGGCCACUCGCGCAGCUCCAGCUAUGCCAGCCAGCAGUCCAAGGUCUCUGGCUACAGCACGGAGCACUCGUGCUCCUCCAGCCUGUCGGACCUCACGCACCGCCGCAACACGUCCACCAGCAGCAGCGCCUCCGGUGGCCUGGGCCCAGCUGUGGAGGGCCCCGAGGGCGGCGAGCGUGAGCACCGGCCCCCCGAGAAGCCACCGAGACCCCCCCGGCCCCUGCACCUGUCAGACCGCUCCUUUCGGCGGAAGAAGGACUCUGUGGAGAGCCACCCAACGUGGGUGGAUGACACGCGGAUUGAUGCAGACGACAUUGUGGAGAAGAUCGUGCAGAGCCAGGACUUCACGGAGGGCAGCAACACUGAGGACAGCAACCUCCGGCUGUUCGUGAGCCGCGACGGCUCGGCUACACUGAGUGGCAUCCAGCUGGCCAACAGGGUCUCCUCCGGGGUCUACGAGCCCGUGGUGAUCGAAAGUCACUGAAGAGCGGUGUCCAGCUGGAGAGGGGCCUGCUCUGGGGGCGCCAGACCUGCGCCCUUCUUCAAGGAACCGUCUCCCUCCGGUCUGCGCUGCGUCUCGUCCGUGCCCGCCCUGCACGCUAGCUGCCCGCCCCCAGAGCAUCGUCCACAGUCCCCAUCCUCCUGGAACCCUUCUGGCCGCCAGGGCCCCGCACCACUGUGAAUGCUCCGAACCACUAGUGGGCUGGGUGGGCAGGCCCACACGGAGAGCAAGAUGGAGGGGCGGCCCUGUGACACCCCUCCCCUGCGCAGCGUGUGGGCGCCUCUGGCUUCGGGGCUGCUCCUCCUGUGACCAUGCACCGCAGGAGCGCUAGCUUCGGCGGGGCACCAGCAGGGCCUCGCUCCGUCUCCCCUGGCCCUGGAGGGUUGGACCGCCCUCAGCUCUGCCACCUGUGACCCUCUGCUUAGCGUGUCCGCCGUCCCUUCCUGUGUCCUAGGGGACCCGCAGGCGGCCUCCUCCUGGGAGCCAGGCUUCAGGCCCAACUCACUCCAGACUGAGCCUCCCGCUUCCCCGACGAAUGUCCUCCUGCCACCCUGGCAGCCUGCACUUUGCACAUGUCCCCAGCACAACCCUCUGGCCCCUCCACCGCUCCUGAAGCCUCUUGGGCGCUGCCUGCUGUGCAGUCACAGGCCCAGGGUCUGCCGCCCUCAGAACCUGGAACCCAGCAGCCUCUACCCCCGCCUUGUCUGGCUCUGGCCUAGCCUGAUGGGAGAGCCCCUAGCAUCGCAGCGCCCCCUGCUGGGGCUGGCUCCUGAGCAGCUGGCUCUCCACAGGAAGAAGGCGCGCAAAGCCCUCUGUGCCCUCAGGUCUGCAGCCCUGCUGGGGCCAAGGCUGGUGAGGCUGGCAGGCUGUGGCUGGACUGGCCUGAAGCUGGCUUCCUGCCGGACAAGCCUCAGCCCUCCUCUGGAAGCACCCCCACUGCUGGGCAGGGGGCGUCCCCAAGGGCACGCUUUCCCAGCCGGGAGCAGUUUGCCCUGCUCCCCCAAAGCAUCCGCUCUCAGCACUUUGGCUCCGGUCCUCGGAACUUGCUUGAAGGAGGGUCUGGCUGCAGCCAGGCCCAGACAAACCCCCCGACCCCCUUAAGUUGCCCUCAUUUUGUAUAAACCCAGCAGGCUGGUGUUUACCUAGCUUUAUAGGUUUUUUCUUUUUGCCUUUUUUUUUUUUUUUUUGAGUUCACAGUUCAAUAUUUCCUCCUCCUGGCUGAGGGGGAGGCGCCUCUGUUGUCUGCCGCUGCUCCCAGCUGUGCUGGGGACCCGGGUGGGCCGGGACGCCGGUGCGGGUGCCAUCCCCAAGUCGGGAGGGUUCCUCCCCGCUGCUGCCCUGCCCCGGCUGGCAAGAGCGGGCGCCGGGUGUCGGAACUCCCUGGUGUUGGGACCAGAGCAUUUGUAGGUCUUCUGUUGUCGUCAUUUUAAUUACCUAAUAACCUUUAGAAAGUGAAUGCUGGGAAGUGCCUGCAAGGCAGGGCAGAGUGUGGGCUCUGGCUGGGUUGGCUCUGGUCAGCUCGAGUGUCCCCUCCCGCCCAGCAGAAUCCUGGCACUUUGAAGGAAGCUGGCCGUUCUCUCCAGAUGUGACCUCUAGAAGAUGGCGGCACUGACUUGCCUUCUGGGGCUGUGACCUCACCCUACCCAGAGGGAGGUGUGGUUAGAGUGUAAAGGGCCUAAAUUCAAGUUCCGGGGCUUUAGGCACAAAGCAUUUGACUUUGGCAUUCUAAGGAAAUGCCCAAACCAGGAACGCUAGCUCACCCAUGGAAGUCUGAACUUGACAGUCAUCCAGAAGGCAGCAGCCUGCCAUGUCCUCCCUCACCAGGCCCAGGGCCGGGGGAACCAGGCUGAGAAUCCGGCCAUAACCAAAUGAACACUGGCUGGAACCAGGGCCCGGAGCAGUGGCCUUGUUCCUGCGUGGGAGCCCUGUUUUCAGCCUGAGGAUUCCUUUGAGCUCAGUGAAUUUCUACCAGGUGCCCCCACACCUGGACUUCAAAUUCUAUGUAGAGAAAGAGGAUAUAUUAGAGAUAUUUUUGGAAAGGAAUUGGUCUAUGCAAUGCCAGUUUGGAAUCUUCUUGAAAGACAGUUUUAACAUUUUUACUAGAUUUAAAAUAAAGGUAUACAAUAUUUUUAGAUUUGUUUCUCCUGGUCACCCCGUAACUGAUCACGUGGCGUAAUCUGCCAGGAUGGCAAAUAUCCCCGUUUUCUGUCCAUAGGGAGGUGAUGGGGAGGGUCACUUUUUCUUUUUAAUCACCCCCCCUUUCUAACUAUUGCCACCACACCCCAUCCCAUGGGCUGUAUUUGUAUCUGUCCCAGCUUUCCUCCUAGAAAUAACAUUGUAAGGGGAAAUCAGCCUUGUGUCAGCAUCUUGGUUUGGGGAGAAAUUAAAUGUUGCGAUUUUUGUUUA